GCCUGUGGGACGUGUUUUCCAUGUUGAAGACAGACGGGCCUCGGCUUGCGCGAGAAAGCGCAGUCAGCUCAGUUGGUUUACAAAAUUGACCCUACACACGAUUUCAGCCACGGAGGCCGAUGCUCCUCGUUUUGCUCUUGGGCAAUGUGUUGAGCUGCCACAGCUACGUGAAGCAUGAGGAGAUCCAGAUCUCCGCGAAUGGGGCCACCGUGAUGAGAAGACACCAGGAGGCAGCACUUCAUGCAAUGACACUCAUCACAGAGGACAAGGAUGAUACCACCACUACAGAAGCCACCACAGCCACCACCGCCACAACAGCAACCACCGCCACCACGGCGACCACGGCAACAACGGCCACCACGGCAGCAACAGCCACCACGGCAACGGCGGCAACGACCGCCACCACGGCAACAACGGCGUCUACCUCGGCCACCACGACCAUCACCACCACCACCGUUACAGUGACCACAACCACUGUCACAGAAACGACCACCACGGAAACGAGCACGAGCACAACGAAUACCAGCACUACAAGCACUACAAGCACCGAGAAUACGACCCUCCCAGGCCUGCCGCCGAAGCCUCCGCCUCCCAAGCCUCCCAUGGUGGUCUCCGCAGGUAAAUCAGAUGACAACAAGACGGCUGGCAACAAAACGGGCGUCAUUGGGCCUGGGGAAGUGAUGCCACCCCCACUGGCCUCCAAGAAGGUGGAUGCAGCAGAUGGUGCUUUAAUGUCCAUCCUUAUUGGCGUGGGAGUCACCUUGGUUUUCUUCCUGGGACUGUAUUGCACCUUACAGCUGGGUCGUAGACGAUCGCAACAACAGGAGCCGCAACUCGAGUAGCCAAGAGGUGGUGAGGCAGCGGAGACGGGGGCUGCACCCACCACAGCGCCGCCUACGGCGCCAUGGUCAAGCCAGCCGGCGGCAGAUGCAACAACCACCAGCCCGGCACCGACCGGAAGUGCAAGUCGUGGAGGCUAUGGCGCCCGACGAAAUCAGUCGGCUGCCAGUGGUGCCCCAGCCAGUCCAGCACUAGGGGGACAGGAAGAGGGCUCCUUCUGAUACUUAUAUAUCUGGUGAAAGCAAA